UCAGGCACCAGCCACUAAUCAGAGUGUUAAAAGUCGAUCGCCGGAACGUAGUGUUUGGGUGGCGGGAAUUUGGUUCAGUGUUAUACGAUUGAUAUGCUCUAUUUAGUAGACUGAUGGGCUAGAUGCCCGUUUCUUCAAUUAACAACCGGGGAAAGAGGAAAACGAACUGUUCGAACCUAAAUUUCGAGUCUCCAAAAUUGGAUCGUCCGAUGUUAGUCCGAUUCUAGCCAACCGGCGAACCAGUUCGAUCAUCCUCAGCAUGAGCAUGAGAAGAACACAUCACCAGUUCUUUGCAGUAGCCUUCUCGGUCCUAUUGUUUGUGACAUGCUUUUCGGUGACCGUCGGAGCCAUUGAGGAAGAUCGAACCUGUCCCAAGGAUCAGCUCAUCGCCCAACGUUCCAAACGCUGGAUUCUGAGCUAUCCCAUCAAUGGUGGUUUGGCGAAGAUGGUGCUUGGAUGUAUGUUACCGAUUCGCUUCCAUCAUCCGCUGCCUCGGAGUUUGAAUCUAUUGAACAACCUGCAAGCCGUCUACCGUAUCCUGCCGGCGACCAUCUUCCCAAGACCCGAAACGAUCUUCAAAAAUCGUGCCAACGAACAGUACACCGAUCAGAGCCGGUCGCAGUUUUACGCGGUGGUUGAAAAGAUGCUGCAGCGCUGGAAUCGGAACGGUCGCUCCUGUUUGUUGCGUACAAUCUGCGAAGUGGCCGAGACGCCAUUGCGCCACAAUGGUCUCGUUGGCGCACUCUUCGAUGUUGUGUUCACACCAUAUGAAACGGAUCAGUUGGACAAAGACUAUCUGAUGGCCAAAAAGUACGGUGCCAACGGUGUGGACUGUAUGCGCGUGUACUCGGACUGUCCACUUGGCCACGGAUUGCUCGAUACGAUCAGUGCGAUCCAGUUUUAG